AUGGAAGUGAAUCCUUUGAAUAUAUUCUUUGUUAAAUCGGACAGCAAGGGUGAUAGGUUGUUGUUUAGGUAUCCGUACACGACAGAGAACAAAGCUGAGAAUAAACAUAAAAAAUAUGGUCGUCACAAUGCCUACGCCUUGAAUGCUGCUGAAGACUUGCUGCAGAAUCCCCAGUCGCAGACAUCCAACAUUUGUAAAGGUCAACUGAGUGGCUUUACUGAUGAAAUGCUGUCUACUCUUUUUGCUGUAAAGGCGGAAUUAUGCAACAGGAAAUUUGAACUCAAAGUCAAUGAUGUGAGGUUUGUAGGGCACCCUACCCUACUGCCUUACAGAACUAACAAAGACGACACAGCUACCAUGAUUCUUAUUAAUAUUGUGUUUGCACUGCAGGCUUCAGCAAGUCAUUCUGUUGUAAAAUGCUACUACGAUCUUAGCAAAAGGUUGGGAAAAGCACUAAGACACGAAGAAAAAAGGUGUUCUUAUUUAACUGAAGAAAUGAAAAUAAUGUUGGCGGCUCAUGAUGAAGUUUCAGCUUUAGACAGUGAAGCUAAUGGUGAAGGUGAGGAAGAAGAAGAUAAUCUCCGCCAUUCCGUCAGUUCGACAACAUAUAGCAGUGACAAUGGGAUUGAUUCUGCACCAAAAUCUGCCUUCCAUCUCAUACUGCAACGGAGUUCACUAGCUAGGUCGAUGAAAGCAGUAUUUGAGGAGCUUAGUAGUACAGGUAUUGUCCAGGUUCGGAUUAACAAAUGGAUUUUACUCUCGUUCUGCUUACCACACAAAGCGCACCAAAUACAUAAUAGAGGCUUAAUCAUAGAACCAGAAACGAUAGACAAGUGCUUACAGAAACUUAGGCCUUAUCACGGAAUUUUACUUAUGGUAAAUCCAAAUGAUUUGUUAUCCUCAAUACCACUGGAUAGUAGUUCGGCACUCCUAAGACUGAUAAAGCUUUAUAGCCCGUUAAAGAGCUUACAAACACUCGCUAUAGAAGCUGACUUAUCAUUGAAACAGGUUUCCCAGCUCACAGGUCAUUUGGUGUACUGGGCGAAAGCCACUGUGAUCUACCCGUUAUGUGAGAGUAACGUGUAUGUUGUCGCGCCAGGUGCUAAUGUCCACAUACUUUCACCGCUUGUUGAAGACUUUGCUAAGGAAUUUCCAGGAUUAUGUUUAUUGCAGAUGUUAAGUGAAUUUUCGCUGCCUGCUCCUUUGUGGUAUGUUUCCCGUAAUGGUUGCGGGGGAGGCGGUGGCGGUGCAAGACUGGCUAGAUGUGUCGCUUGGCUGCUUCGAAGGAGAUUGUUACUUCAGUUACAUACUUACGUGCAGUUCAACUCGCCUCACUGGGGACGUGACCCAGAUGGCAAGGAAUACUUCUGCGAGAAACACGACGUCUACAACCAGUCUUGUAGCGUUUCAUUCUCUUCUCUCAACCAAAUGCAACUAAAUGUGCCUGGACCAGUAGAACCUAGGGAGAAUAGCGGCAUAUUCCCUGACUCCGAUGAAGAUUAUCCAACAGAAAACAACCUAAAUCAAACAGAUUUCUCACAUACUAAACCUAUAGUCAUCGAAUCUGAACACAUAAAGUACGAUAAGUUCCAGGAGAAUGAUUCCGCUAAUCAUUCAUUUGACGAUGGAAUCGAUGUGGUGGAUGGAAUAAAGCCGUCUAUGACAAAUGGUUAUAAUUACGAUACGAAUAAGGAAGAAGCAGCACAGAAGAAAAUACAAGGAAAUUCAGUUGACAGUGGUAUAUCAAAUAACAUGAAUGGUACUAAAAGUAAUAGUGACGAUACAAAUGGGGAUAUUGUUAAGAACGGCCAUAUAGAUAUUACCAAAGGCGAUGUAGAUAAAUUAGACACGGAAAAAAAAGGCCUUUCGUCUAGGUUAUCUGAUCUUUCCUUGAAAGAUAGCGAAGGUACAGUGAACAGUGGGAAUAAAGAUAUCAGUAGUGAUGAUGAUAAAUUCGGAAGUGAUCAAGAUAUAUCACCACGUAUAAAAACUAAUGGUUUGUUUAAUGGAAAUGAAAAGAAGAAUGGUGUGUCUUUGAAUUUGAAAUUACAGAGUGAGAUGAGUUUCCAACAACCAACUGUAUGGAACGUGCCAGCGAGUUGCGACGUAGUAGACGCGUGUAGAAUACCCAGCGAGCCGCCCACCACUGAGUCAUUACUGGACACAUUCACUUCAGAGGAACGUACCACACUCGCCAAUAUACCCGCUUCAAAGAAUACUGAUGAUCUGUUGCUUUUCCAACAACCAACUGUAUGGAACGUGCCAGCGAGUUGCGACGUAGUAGACGCGUGUAGAAUACCCAACGAGCCGCCCACCACUGAGUCAUUACUGGACACAUUCACUUCAGAGGAACGUACCACACUCGCCAAUAUACCCGCUUCAAAGAAUACUGAUGAUCUGUUGCUGUUAGCUCAACUGCACAAAAAAGGCUACUUCCGUGGCGAACAGCAUUUAGAAGAGAUAAUGUUCAUGGAGAAUGUGAGCAGGUCGCAACUAAUGCAGCUACUAGACAAGUUUAAAGACGUGCUUAUCACCUUUGAGACUGAAGAUCCAGCAGUGGCCAUGUUAUACCCUUACCAAUAA